GUAUAUAAACCCUAAACUCGAUUAACACUGCCUUAGUGUUUUCAAACAUGGCGACCGUGCAGAGUACAAAUCCUUCGCAGCUGCUCCCGCUGGAGUUGGUUGAUAAAUGUAUUGGAUCUCGCAUUCACAUUGUUAUGAAGAACGACAAAGAGAUUGUUGGAACUCUACUUGGGUUUGAUGAUUUUGUCAAUAUGGUCCUUGAGGAUGUCACAGAGUUUGAGAUUACACCAGAAGGAAGAAGAAUAACUAAGCUUGACCAGAUUUUAUUGAAUGGAAACAACAUCACUAUGUUAAUUCCGGGAGGUGAAGGUCCUGAAGUAUAGGAACAAUAAUUUGUACAACUAGAGCUUUAUUUUUAUUAUUCUAUUUUGUAUGUGUAAAUUAGCCUUGUUUCUAAUGGAGUUUUUUGUUCGGGUUUCCAUUUUUUUUAUUUCAAGAAUUUCUUCUGUGUUGAAAAUAAUAUCCUAAUAGGUGAACAAUUUGUUAUGUGGUAACUUGAUAAAAGCUCUACACAAAUGCUUGUUUGCUAAAAAAAAAUAAAAGUAUUUGUGAAUUUACAAAUUGAUUGAAGUUUUUUUGAUCUUCAUUAUUUUAAAUAUAAAACUUAAGCCAUCAAAUCCAAAUUGUAAAUCCACACAAAUUUUUUUCAUAUCCCAAGGACCCACUCACAUAAUAUUCCACUUACUUUACCUUUUACUAUAUGCAGAUUAUUUGGUAACUAGAAUAGAAUAUGUAGCUUGCUAAUAUAUAAAAUAGAUACAGUAGUUUAAAUGUGCCAGUAACAUAAGCAAAUGUGUAGUACUCACCAUGAGUAAUACAUCAACAUAUGCAUGCAUAUACAGAGUGUGUGUGUGUGUGUGUAUAUAUAUAUAUAUAUAUAUAUAUAUAUAUAUAUAUAUAUAUAUAUAUAAAAAAUAGAUGGAGAGAGAGUACAUAAUGAUUGAUAGACUGUUCUUGGCUGCUUAUAAUUGUUUAUCUAAAUAUCCUGUAAAGCUGCUCCCUCAUUGCAUCUAAAUAGUGUUAAAAGUACUGUAGUGGAAUCUUAAAUAUACUAUUCAGCCAUACUCCUGGGGAUCAAAAAAAAAAUUAACUGAAUAAGUGGUUACAAGCCAUUCCCAGUUAGAAACACAGUUGCACACAUACAUUGAAUAGUUUGUUUUAGUGUGUGCACAGUUUACUUUUUGCUACCAUGUUCACAUUUUGGUGUUUUACUGUUUGCUUUCCUUACAAUUUAGUGAAUGGGAUAAUCUGUUUUGUAUGUAUGGGGAGUUUUUUCCUUCCCCAUGCACUUCAAAAUGGGAAACUGUCUGUUUUAAUGCAAAUCCCAGAUGGAACCUGCUCUUUGGUAGAUUUAUUAAAACUCAUUGGUCCAUUAAUGUUAUUCUAUUAAUGUUCAAGUUUUUGCUUAUCCACUGCAACUACUUACCCUCCUUUUUUAUCUUUGAACAUUUCCAUUUUAAAGCAAAAUGUUAGGAUUUGUUAAUUCACACUGCAACCACUAGAGGGUAUAUAUGCUAAUAAUACAAGGUCAGCAGUGAUUUGUGAUGUUUCAAACGUGGUCCUGAAAAAGAAAGUUCUGAGAAUUCUAACUUUUAAUACCUAUGAUGUUUUUAAUUUUAUAAUAUAUAGCAAAAAGUAUGCUAAUUAAUAAUUGUAUAAUAAAAGCAAUAAAUUAUAUUAUCAAUUGAUUUUUACUUUGCGACUGAUGUUUGACAGUUAGUGCUACUGAAAACAAUAAAUGAUACAUUUGUAUGUAUUUCACCAGCAGGAAAGGACUGCUUGCAUUGACUUUUGAAUACUUUAUGAACAGUUUUGCACAUUUUCUAAAUAUUGAACUUAUGGAGUAUGGUAUAUAAUUGGCUAAUAAAUGUUUUACUUUUUGGGA